GUUGCAGGCGGAUUUUUCAACGGUAUAGGAAAAAAUAUUCUUGUUUUUUUUCGGAAAAACUUUGCCAUAUUUUAUUAAAUUUUUAUCAACUUGCUCUCUUAAAUAUCCUUGAAUGGAAGACGACGACGAUGCUCAACGCCUCUUACGCUUUACUUAACGACACAAACUCGACAUCGGGCGCUGGUUCGCCUUAUACUCUCUGGCAGACAGUUGUUAUCCUGAUUUUUCUCGUUAUAAUGAUAGUCGGGACAAUAAUAGGAAACGCCCUUGUCUGUCUAGCUGUUGCAAUAGUCCGAAAAUUGAGGACACCUUCUAACCUGCUGAUCGUCUCUCUAGCUGUAUCAGAUCUACUCGUCGCCGUCCUAGUUAUGCCAUACGCGGUUGUGCAAGAAAUAAAAGGUAGAUGGGUAUUAGGUAGAACGUUUUGCGAUACGUGGACAUCCUUGGACGUCCUACUCUGCACGGCCAGCAUUCUAAACUUGUGCUGCAUAAGUAUCGAUCGAUACCUCGUAAUUACGAGACCAUUCGAUUACGCGAUGAAGCGGACGCCGAAGCGGAUGGCGCUAAUGAUAUUCGUCGUCUGGGUCGCUUCAGCUACAAUAUCUAUACCACCGAUUUUUGGGUGGAAGAAAUCUGAUAGUACAGAAGAUGGUCAAUGCGUAGUAUCGCAGGAGAUUGGCUAUCAAUUCUAUGCAACGAUUGGAGCAUUUUAUAUGCCACUUGGCGUUAUGAUAUUCAUUUACGCGAGGAUAUAUAUAGUUAGUUCCAGGAUCGCCGAACAAGAAAACCGAUCUAAACCCAGGGGAGCUAGUUUGGCUCCUUCACAUUCAUCGAAUUCCGUUGCUGCUCGGAGAUCUUUCGAGACACAACAGGAAUUGAACUGCGUAAGGUCAAGGGGGAAUUCUGCUGUCGAAAUGCUUUCGUCCAAGCCUAGACGUUCGGCGUGGUCGGGUUUUCUUAAAAAGUCUCGUUUGAACCGAAUAUCGAGCUCGAAAGAACGUAAAGCAACAAAGACGUUAGGUGUAAUUAUGGGAGCCUUUACUGCAUGUUGGUUGCCCUUCUUCUGCCUAGCUCUUAUCCGUCCCAUGUGCGCUUCCUGCAUUCCCAAUUGGCUAACGUCCAUCUUUAACUGGUUGGGAUUCGCCAACUCCUUCCUCAAUCCAAUCAUCUACGCUAGAUUCAACAGGGAAUUUCGUACUCCAUUCAAGGAAAUAUUACUUUUCCGCUGUCGUGGUAUUAAUAUCAGACUACGAUCAGAAUCUUAUGCAGAACAGUUUGGUCAAGUCGGCGCUUUCCGGGAACCAGCUACUCUAACUCCCUUACCCCAUAACACCGUCGUUAAGUACAACAGUCAAGGUUCUACAGUUGUAAGGUUAAAUAAUGGGAUACAAUCUGCUGAGGCUAAAGUGUGACAUGGUUAAUUUUCUUAUUGUGUAAUUUUACAAACAGUAUACGCUUACACAGUAAUAUAUAUAUAUAAAUUAUAUGUACUGUACGUGCAUCUCCAAAAGAAGAGGUAUUCUCUGCUAUUUCUCUGAAAGGUUACGGAAAAGAAGGGGAGGGGCGGAACAGCAAAAAAAUAAAAGUAAACGAAACGGUCUUCCUGUAUGGUUCUUGCCAAUUUGCAUAUUAUUUGCAAGCAAUCUUUUUUGCCUGGGACGUGGAUAAUGCCAUAUUCAAAAGAAAUCUCUUUAUAAUACUCAAAACAAAUUUACCUGUAAAUGUUUUUAUUUUUUAAAAAAAAUCAAAGUAUAGAAAAAAAAAACAUGAGAAAACUUUAUAUAUUUAUAUACAAUUGUUGGAAAAGUUGCGUUAGUGAUCUUUUUAUAGGCC